AAUGGGGUGACUUUUCUCCUGGAGAACCUCUUGAUUCUUGAACUCCGGGGCUGGCAGCUUGCAAAGGGGAAGCGGGCUGCCGCUCGGUGCAGGUUUUGCAGAGGUCUCUGUCUAGUGGGUGUUUUCUUUUGCUUAGCCCUGCCCCUGGAUUGUCAGACGGCGGGCGUCUGCCUCUGAAGUUAGCCGUGAUUUCCUCUAGAGCCUGGCCUUAUCUCCGGCAGCACGUUGCCUGUGGGUGACUAAUCACACAAUAACAUUGUCUAGGGCUGGAAUAAAGUCGGAGCUGUUUACCCCCACUCUAUAGGGGUUCAAUAUAAAAAGCCGUCCGAGAGCCGUCCGAGCCAGACGCGUUCCUGCACUGGCGCUGCGAGCCCGACCGGGUCUGCGCUGCCUUCCUCGUGCACCGCCUCCCCGGCUGCCCGCGACGCUUUCGCUCCCGGUGAAAGGGCCACUGGCUGAGGACUGCGCCGAGAUCUCAAUUACCAGAGGCGAUCCGAGCGACCAGACGCCGUCCUCUUCGUUUUGCAUUGACUUCCAUUUGCAAUCGAGUUUUUUUUUUUUUUUUUUUUUCCCCUUCUUCUUUUGAUCCCUUUGCAGAAUGGAUUAUUUUCCCGUGAUCUUCUCUCUGCUGUUUGUGGCUUUCCAAGGAGCUCCAGAAACAGCUGUCUUGGGAGCGGAGCUCAGCACCCAAGCUGAGAAUGGAGGGGAGAGCCUCCCUCCCAGCACAUCCUGGAGACCCCGUAGGUCCAAGCGCUGUUCCUGUUCCUCCUUGAUGGACAAAGAGUGUGUCUACUUCUGCCACUUGGACAUCAUCUGGGUCAACACUCCCGAGCGUGUUGUUCCAUAUGGACUGGGCAGCCCUUCCAGGUCCAAGCGCUCCUUGAAGGACUUAUUUUCUACAAAGGCCUCAGACCAAGGGAAUAGAUGUCAGUGUGCUCACCAAAAAGACAAGAAGUGUUGGAAUUUCUGCCAAGCAGGACAAGAGCUCAGAGCCCAAAAUACCAUGCAGAAAGGGGUAGAGGACUUCACGAAAAGAAAAGCCUGUUCCACGCUGGGGAAGAAGUGCAUCUAUCAGCAGCUGGUGGAAGGGAGAAAAAUAAGAAGGUUGGAGGCCAUCAGCAAUAGCAUCAAGACAUCUUUUCGUGUUGCAAAGUUGAAAGCCGAGCUCUAUCGAGACCAGAGGUUGACACACAACAGAGCGCACUGACUAUGGAGCUUCCCUGUGUUCUGGAAGCCAGCCCGGCCAUAGAGCAAGCCCAUGGCCAACUCUGCACUCUCCAUGCUGGCUGGGUUCUCAGCAAGAGCAUCCAUCCCGCUCCCACAAUUUCUUGUUUCAGACUGGCAGGGGACCAGCAUCCUUGUUCUAAACAUUCCAAGAAAGGUUGAGAUGUUCCCUAACCUGUCUUCAUCUGCUUCUGCUGGCAGUGACUGCUUUUCUCCCUUCUUGCUAUUUGGGAAUGCCAGGGGACCUCUCGGAGAGCAGAGACAUGAUGACAUUCUAGGGUGGCAUCAUCCAGAGAGGAAGGAGAUUCCACACCAGGGUGGAGUUUCUGCAGAAAGUCCAUAGGGAGUGUUUGUGUCUGACUCAGGCGCCUGGCACAUUUCAGGGAGAAACUCCAAAGUCCAUGCAAAAAUUUUCUGAGGAAUGCACAAAUUGAAAACAUACUCGAAGGACAAACACUUGAGUUUAAAAAAAAAAAGAGGAAGAAAAAAAGGACAAAGACUUUUCCCCCCAAGUUGUAAAA